AUGGUUGAGGAACACUAUUGGGAUGAGAAUUUAGAUCCUAAAACGUUACGGGUUAUCGAGUUAAGAAAGAUUUUACUUGAGAAUAAUGUUAGUUUUAGUGGACAUGACAAGAAAAACGAUCUAGUAAAACUUUUCAAGGCCAACGUUGAUACAAUUCGGUCUAAUGCACUUCAGGAGCAUGAAGCAAUUCCAAGUGGUGAUAAAGUUGUUAAGUCACGUCACGGUAAACGUAAGAAGGGUGGUAAUGUAUCUGGGGAUCUUGUGACAGGGGAAAUAGAUAUGUUUGAAAGUAAGGUUCGCAAAUCUCUACGAACACCGUCGGCAGGCUCUGUUGAAUAUGAUAGUGGGUUAAAAACGUCUAGUCCUUUUAGCGAUGUUAAUGAAUUUCAGAAGGGUCCUGGUAGUAGGAAGCGGAAGAUUGAUGAGCGUGAUGACGGUACAUAUGGCGAUGUUGAUAGUAGCCCAAAACCAAUUCGCAAGAAAAAAUCCAAGUCACAUAAGAAGAAGACAAUUAAGGAAGUUGAUGGGGCCGAGUUUGGUGCCCCUAGGUCGCCUAUCGUCAACAAGGUUCAGACAAAACGUACACCAUUAAAAGGAGAACAUCACUCACUGCUUAUCAAUAAAUUUGAAACAUCAGAUGAUGAAUCCUCUCUAGUGUCUACCCCUACGGGCAAGAAGGUUUUGGUUUUUGACAAUGAGUUUGACAAGCUAAAUGCACAAGACUUUACAUAUCCUGCUGCUAAGAGGCAGGCCACGCCUGACCUUUCGAAGUUGAAGGUCAGUCCUGAGUUUCAGGUCCUGUUAUCAAAAGCGCAAGCUGGAAAUAAGCAGCAACAGCGGCCGGAAAGUUCAUCUUCUACUGAGCUUUCGGCUGAUAUAUCUCGUCCAUCUGUCGCUGAUUCUACUGCAGACAGUAAUAGUGGAAACAAAUUAACUAAACGUCCUAAGAAGACGGCAGAAAGACCCAAAACGACGGAUGGGAAGGGUCAAUCGAAUUCAGGCCCAAGUACUGUAACAAAUACAAGUUUUUCUACUCCUGAUAAGAAGCAGACGCCGAGACAGAAACAAAAGAAACAAAAGAGCGCUCCAUCUACUCCAAAGACUGUAGCUACAAAGAAAAAGUCCACAGUACUUUCGCCGCAGAAACCUUCUACCGAUAGUAAGGAGGAAAUUGUUGAAGAGGAGCAUACAGAUGUGAAGACUGGGGUUAAGCGCCCCUCAUUGUUCAAAGCUUUUAUCAAAUGGCUAUACUCUGUAUUUAAGAAGUUGCUUGUAUUUUCAUUAGUUGUAUUACCUAUACUAUUUGGUUUGUGGUACAGGGAACAAAGGGUGCUAGUUGGUUACUGUGGUCAUAGCAUUGACAUACCUACUUUCUCAAAUGCUGAUCGUUAUCCGAUUUUAGGACAUAUAGAUGAUUUCUUGCAAAAGUACAAGCCCGACUGUUUACCUUGUCCAGAAAACGCAAUUUGCUAUCCUCGGAUGAGCAUUAAAUGUAAGUCAGACUAUGUUAUUACCCCAUCCGUAUUCUCGUUAUACGGUCUUUUCCCAGUUAGUGACAGUUGUGUGAAGGAUUCCAGAAAAGAAAAGCUUAUAGCAGAAGUAGUCUAUAAGUCUUUGGAGUUAUUGAGAACGAAAAACGCACAAGUUCAAUGUGGUGAGGGCGAUAAUGAUGUCAUGAGUGGUAUUUCUGAGGAAGAGUUGCGUCAAAUCUUUUUUGAAUCCAAGGUACCGUGGAUGAAUGAAAAAGAGUUUAGAGAAAUAUGGAAGCAAGUCAUUAAGGACUUGAAAUCCCAGGCAGAGAUAGUUUUCAGGCAAGUGAGUAUUAUUUAUUAGUUCCCAGUGUUGUCACAUCUAAGACUAGUUUACUAACAUCCAAAUUACAGGUACCAUCCGGACGAAAUAAAAUUCAGGACUACAGCAACGACUACCCUGAAGCCUAUGGAAUUGAGGAACAGGAGGGGGAUAUUCAAUACGGGGAAAAAGAGGAAUAUAUUCGGUCGCUAUCCAAAAAGUACAUCGGAAUCAGAUGCCAGUUCGAAAGACAAAUAUAUAGAACUUACGAGCGAUUUACUGUGAUGUUCUGGGGGUUUAUUGUAGUCGUUGUCUUGAUACAAUUACUAAAAAUGAGGUUCCAGCGCCACUUUAAAGAGCAAGAAAUAAUUGAGCAGUUGAAAUCUCAAGUCGUUGAGAAAUUAAAGGCUUCUGCUAAAGCGGAAGGUAAGGAUUCUCCAAAAUUUUUAAGUACUGUCCAGCUAAGGGAUGUUUUAUUGGCAGACGUUAUUGAUUUGAAACACAAGAAUCAGCUAUGGAACAAAGUUGUACACAAGUUAGAAAGUAACAACACCAAUGUGAAGUCCAUGUUAAUGGAGGUUCAUGGUGAAAUAAUGAAAUGUUGGGAAUGGGUAGGACCCAUAGAAUAA